AUGAAGUGCUGCUACUCCAACAUGUGCAACGCCAAGCUGGAGAUCUUCCUGCAAGGGGAAGAUACUCUGGGAAAGACACCUUCCCUGCCCAACCUCCUCCUGAUGAUCUUCGUCCCGCUGCUUGCCCUCCUCGUCCUCGUGGCACUCACAGGGCUCUUCUGCUGGAAGGUGGCCCAGCAGCGCCACAAGCAAAGCGAUUUCAGCGACACAGACCUCAUGCUGAAGGCAUCCAUGGUGGGAGACAGCACCUUAGAGGACUUGCUGAAUGAUGACUGCACCACUGGCAGUGGCUCGGGGCUGCCCUUCCUCGUCCAGCGCACAGUGGCUCGGCAGAUCACCCUCGUGGAGUGUGUGGGUAAAGGGCGCUAUGGUGAGGUGUGGCGAGGCGUGUGGCACGGGGAGAGUGUGGCUGUGAAGAUCUUCUCCUCCCGCGAUGAGCAGUCGUGGUUCCGCGAGACAGAGAUCUACAACACAGUCCUCCUCCGGCACGACAACAUCCUGGGUUUUAUCGCCUCGGACAUGACGUCGAGGAACUCCAGCACUCAGCUGUGGCUCAUCACCCACUACCACGAGAACGGCUCACUGUAUGACUACCUGCAGAGAACAGCCCUGGAUGUGGAGACCUGCCUGGGCCUGGCCUCCUCCAUCAUCUGUGGCCUCGUCCACCUUCACGUGGAGAUCUUUGGCACUCAGGGCAAACCUGCCAUUGCCCACCGUGACCUGAAGAGCAGAAACAUCCUGGUGAAAAGCAACCGGCAGUGCUGCAUCGCAGACCUGGGUUUUAUCGCCUCGGACAUGACGUCGAGGAACUCCAGCACUCAGCUGUGGCUCAUCACCCACUACCACGAGAACGGCUCACUGUAUGACUACCUGCAGAGAACAGCCCUGGAUGUGGAGACCUGCCUGGGCCUGGCCUCCUCCAUCAUCUGUGGCCUCGUCCACCUUCACGUGGAGAUCUUUGGCACUCAGGGCAAACCUGCCAUUGCCCACCGUGACCUGAAGAGCAGAAACAUCCUGGUGAAAAGCAACCGGCAGUGCUGCAUCGCAGACCUGGGGGAGAUGAGGGAGUGGG